UCGCCAUCCCAGGGGUGGGUAGCCCAGUUGUUCAGAUGGUACAAUCAACCAAUAAGCAGCUUUGUGAAAGUGCCUACAUUACAAGUACUUUCCUGUGUAACACAACGGUCUACAGAGAGGGAUGCUGGUCAAAAGUGAGCCUUUAACUCUAACAGACAAUGAAUAGGCUCCCCCAAUGCCUCAGGGGACUUCCUCCAAGGCGCCUAUAAAUGUGGCUGUGAGAUGGGCUGAAGAGGGACCCAGCUUUGGAAACCUGACACGACCCAGGAAGACCUGACAAAGCCAAGAUGAAAUUCGCUCUACUUCUGGCUCUUCUAGUCGGGGGCGCGUCUGCUCUUCAUCUGAGUGAAUCAUCAGGUCCUUCAGAGCCUGAAACUUCUGACUUCAAAAGCCCUUUGGGAGAUGACAACUUGCCUAGGGAUGUGGAGCUCUCAAGACCGGAAGCAGAAGAGUGUCCUCCUGGAGAGGAGCUAAUAUCACUGGAGGAAGAGGAAGGUUCUGGAAGUGACGACACCUCUGGGGUUGAGGGAGCUGUCUCAGGCCAGGAUAUGGCUGAUGAGGAUUUUCAGUGCCCCAAGGAAGAGGACACAAUCAGUCUGAAGGGCAACCCUGGAUGUAAGACCUGUCGGUUCCUCCUGGUGAGGCAGUUUCGAAAGUUUGACAGUGCUCAGACAGUUUGUCGGAGAUGCUACCGGGGCAACCUUGCCUCCAUCCACAGCUUCAGCAUCAACUUCCAAAUCCAGGCCUCUCUCAGGGCACUCAACCAGGCUCAAGUCUGGAUUGGAGGCAGGAUCAGAGGCUUGGGUCCCUGCAAACGCCUUCAAUGGGUUGAUGGAAGCUCUUGGAACUUUGCAUAUUGGGCUUCUGGCCAGCCCCGCUGUGGUAUUGGCAGAUGCGUGACCAUGUGUACUCGAGGAGGCCACUGGCGUCGAUCUUUGUGUAUCAAGAGACGUCCCUUCAUCUGUUCGUAUUGAGCUGGUCCCAGCCAGGAGUUCAAAUCCAUGCUCUUCUGGGCAACUGCCUCUCUUUUCCUGCCAGGUGCCCCCUUCUUUCUCCUACCUACAAUAAAACGGCUUUAC